AUGAUCUGUGGGCCCCUGGCUGGGAAGCUGACAGUCAGGUAUGGGGCCAGCGGGAUCUCCAUUCUAGGAUCCCUCAUUAUCAUGAUCUCCAUAGUGUGCUCAUCCUAUGCACCCAAUCUAGGAACACUGUUCUUCACACAUGGCUUCCUCAGUGGAGUGGGCUCCAGCUUUGCCUUCACCUCAGGUUGGUAUGAUCAUGGUGAGCCAGUACUUCACCUCCAAGAGCGUUCCCUGGCCACAGGGAUAGUGAUGUCAGGGGGAGCAGCAGGGGCCCUGGUCCAGUCUCCGGCUCCAUCUGUACCUCAUCGAAACCCUGGGCUGGAGGCAGAGUCUCCGAGUGUUCUCAGGCCUCAUGAUUAUCUGUGUCAUCACCGGCUUCACCUCAACCCCAAAGGUGUCACUAGAAGUGUGGUGGAUAAUUUGAAGAACUCUCCCUUGAAGAAGUUUAUUGUGGACCUUGGCCCGUGGAAAGACAAAGUCUUUCUGAUCUGGGUUGCAGCCAAUGGACUGUGUAAAUUUGGAUUCUUCAUUCCAUAUGUCCACUUGGUGAAGCAUGCUGUUCAGCUGGGCAUCCCAGUCCACAGUGCCACUAACAUCAUGCUGUUCCUGGGCUUGACUAGCAUGGUCAGCCGGAUCAUCUUCGGCAGGAUCUGUGACUCAGAGAGAAUCAACAGGCUGUACUUUAACCAGGCCUCUGUCUUUGGUGUUGGUCUGCUGUACAUGUUGAUCCCACUACUCAAAUCCUACGGCUCUCUGGUUGCCUUUGGCUUGUUCCUGGGGAUUGCUGAUGCUGGCAACUACAUCCUACUCCCUGUCCUGACCUUUGACCUGAUGGGGGCCGAGAAAAUGCCCAUGGCCUGGGGGUUCAUGCUCACGGUGAACGCUGUCAGCUGCUUGGGGCUGCCCUUCGCUGGUAGGUUCACUGCAGCUGAUGUUAUUGUACCAAACCAAAUCAAAUGUUGGAUGAAUGACAUGACAGGAAGCUACAACCUGGGCUUUGUGGUUGCGGGAGCAUUGAACGUGGCAGCCUGUUUUGUUCUGGCCUUCAUCCCCCUGGCCAAGCGCUCAACUAGACAGACAUGUAAGAGCAUCAUGAACGUCACCAUCGACCGCUCUACACAGGAAAUCAUGCAGUGGGCCGAUAUCCUGCCUCCUUUCUCUGAGGUAGCACACUGGUACCUAUAG